GAAACUGCUAGGUAGAGAGAGAGGGGAGGAGGAGGAGCGGUCGGGCGGCCAUGGGGCACCACUGCUGCAGCAAGCAGAAGGUGAAGCGCGGGCUCUGGUCGCCGGAGGAGGACGAGAAGCUCGUCAAGUACAUCACCGCCCACGGCCACAGCUGCUGGAGCGCCGUCCCCAAGCACGCCGGGCUGCAGCGGUGCGGCAAGAGCUGCCGGCUCCGGUGGAUCAACUACCUCCGACCGGACCUCAAGCGCGGCACCUUCUCCGACCAGGAGGAGCGCACCAUCAUCGACGUCCACCGCAUCCUCGGCAACCGGUGGGCCCAGAUCGCCAAGCACCUGCCCGGGCGCACGGACAACGAGGUCAAGAACUUUUGGAACUCGUGCAUCAAGAAGAAGCUCAUCGCGCAGGGCCUCGACCCCAAGACCCACAACCUCCUGCCGGCGUCCAGGUCUCUCCUCCACGGCAACGGGGCGGCAAACCCUAGCAAUAAUCCUGCCCAGUUCCACUCCAAUGGCGCCACCGCCAACGGCGGCGCGACCACGCCGUUCACCAUCAGCUCCCCAACCAAGGCCGCCGCCUACGACACCGUCACGGCCCCUCCGCCGCCGGAGAUGUCGGCGCCGGCAAUGUACGAUGUCGUCACUAACCCGGCCGGCAUGUUCACGGGGCAUGACCAGGCGGCCGCCGCGGCGAUUCCGGCAGGAUACCCGUACCCGGACAACGGCGGCGGCGUGCUGAUGAGCUUCAGGGAUCAGAAUGCAGGUCUUCAGACCUCCAUGGACUUCAUGAACGGCUCCUCGUCGUCCUCCUCCAUGGAUCACGCCGCCGGCAUGCCCAACGGCAACGGCUUUAGCCAAGGCAUGGGCGCCGCCUUCAUGGACGUGACGGCGGGAAUGUGGACCACCGCCGUCGAUUCGGGCAUGUGUGCAGGGAUAGAGGUGGUCCAGCAGCAGCAGCAACCGCUGCCGCCUCUGCAACAACCACAAGGGCUCGUCCAGGGGGAGGUGAUCGGCCCGCCGGCGGUGAUGAACGGUGGCGGUGCAGCUGCCGAUAAGGGCAUGGACAUGAUGGACGUCUCCUCGGUGUACGGAAGCGCCGGCGCGACGGCGUUCGAUCUGGAGCUGAUGGAGUCGUGCGGGUUGUUUUGCGGCGGAGGGGGCGGCGCCGGCAAUGCCAUGGAGCAGCUGCAAUGGGACUGCUAAGCUCACUGCUAUCGUCCUCACUCCUAAUUAGGUGUUGUCUUCCAUGCUUUGAUUCGAUGCCUUUUUUUCCUUUUUGAUGUUCGAUGAAUCGAUUUCCUGGGUUCUUGAUUCAGAUCGUCCAUUUCAAGCAAAAGAAAUGCAUGCUGAGCUGAUUGACGAACUCGAUCUAAUUCAGAUUUCAAUAAAGUUAUCUGAGUACUUAGAAUCA